AUGAUUCCAAUCCCUACCAAGCUGAUACCCACGCCGAUACCAGCCUUCGUCCCCGUUGACAGACCUGAGUUUGGCGCAUCUGUUUGGGCCACGGCGCUUGCGGUUGGUGAAGCCGUCGUUGUUGCUGGUGCUGUUGUCGAGGUUUCCAACGUUGAAAUCCUCGUGGAAGUUGCCGGAGAAGCUGUUGAGGUUGAGUUCAAGCCAAAGGUUUUCUACAGACGGGCAUGUUAG